CUCGACAACUUCUGCCGAUCCGUACAGCAUCCUCAUUCAUCCAGCCAUGAAACAGUUUCGCAAACUUCGGCUGUCAUUGUGGACGUAGAGGAGACAUGUGAUCUCGGCACAGAGGAUAUGGGCGGACAGUCGAUACCAUGUGAAACUUCAGUUGAAGUACUCCAGGAGAUUUCACAGCAAGACGAAACGAAUGUGGAAUACCAGAAGUUAAAAGGACUCGACAACUUCUGCCGAUCCGUACAGCAUCCUCAUUCAUCCAGCCAUGAAACAGUUUCGCAAACUUCGGCUGUCAUUGUGGACGUAGAGGAGACAUGUGAUCUCGGCACAGAGGAUAUGGGCGGACAGUCGAUACCAUGUGAAACUUCAGUUGAAGUACUCCAGGAGAUUUCACAGCAAGACGAAACGAAUGUGGAAUACCAGAAGUUAAAAGGAGCGGAAUCUCAUCUUGACGAGAUCGCACGUAGGUGCCUUCGGGAAGGUCUCGCAGGCGCACUUAAGGAGCUCCGAAUUACGAUUGAGCAAGCGGAUAGAUCGUGUGUUGUCCACCACGGG